AUGUCAAGUAAAGUGAAGAAAGAAUGUCAUAAUAAGAGCUAUGACAUUAUUUGCGACAUCCGUCAUGGCAAAAGUAAUAAAGUAAUCGAAAAAAUAAGAGAACAUGGUCUACAGUACUCGCCCUCGUGGUUACAAGGUUAUGUUUUAUUGCGGGAAGCUUUGAUACAUAAAAAUAUAACAGUAGUGAAAUUCCUGUUAUCAAAAAACGCCAAGGUAAAUCAUUAUCACAAGCUAGCGAUUAAUACUCCAUUACAUUUAGCAGUUGUCAAUGGGUACAAAAGCAUCGUCAAGGAAUUGCUGGAACGAGGUGCUGGCAUAAAUGUCGUGAACUCACAAGGUAAAACUCCACUUGAUAUUGCUAUUGACAAGAAAUACGUAUCAAUAAUUGAAUUAAUCAUUCGUAAAAAUGUAAAUGAUCUGUCACUUACAUUUUCUAAGUUGGAGGAUCAUAAGUUAUUACACAUCGCUGCUAAAUCUAACGUAUUCAUCGUUGAGAAAUUAUUAGAUAAAGGUCUUGAUGUUGAUUUGGUCAAAGACCGAAUGACUCCUCUUCAUCGCGCGGCUCUCAGUGGUUGCUUGGCGGUUGUCAAUUGUCUUAUAAAUAACAAAGCUGAUGUCAAUGCCGUAUCUACUAAUAAAAGUUAUCUUGGACACUCAGUUCUUUAUUUUGCGGUAGAUGGUCGUAAUGCUGAAGUUGUCGAACUGCUCAUUAAGAAUGGCGCUCGUGUCAAUGAAACCCGGAAUGAAUUAUCGCCACUUCAUUAUGCGAUAAAAACUUGUAAUAAUGAUCAAGUUGUCAAAGUUUUGUUGAGCAAUGGGGCCAAUGUCAAUGCUGUUAUGAAAAAUAAACUGACAGCACUCCACUGCGCUAUCACUCACUCAAAAGAAACUGUAGUUGAAUUGCUACUGGAUCAUGGAGCGGACAUCAGCGUUAAAGAUGAAAAAGGUCGCAAUAUUUUGAAUUUUGCGUAUGACUGUUACACAUCACUAAGAAUAUGGAAGAUUCUUGUUAAUCAUGGAGCUGACGUUAACGCGUUAGAUGAAUCGACAGCAGAGUUCAAACAAUCGUUACUUCAUAAAGCGGUCAAGUAUAGGAGAGUUGAUUUGAUGGAAUUUUUAAUUGAAAAUGGCGCUGAUGUAAAUGCUGUUGAUUCCACUGGUGUUACACCAAUUUUUUAUGCAAUGAAAAAGAACCUGCCUCGACUAUUUAAACUGACGUUACUCCUGGAUGCUGGCGCUGAUGUAAAUGCCAAGGAUUUGAAAGGCAGAACUCCACUUCAUCUUGCUUGCAAAUACGCCCAUGUUGAUGAUGUUGAGAUUUUUCUUAAAUAUGGCGGUGAUAUAAAUGCACUGUGCAAUAAUAAUUGUUUACCCAUUCAUUACUCCGUGUUUAAAUUAAUUAAUGGUGUAGAAAAUGUAGGUGAAGUUAUGAAUAUAAUAAAUUCAUUGGAAAUUAUAGAUCGUAUUCAAAACCACGCUGCUCUUCUGUGGACUGCAGGUCUGCCUGUUGCUCUGAAAUGUUAUAAAAUUCAAGGCAUUGAAUGUUCAUGCUGCAAAGAGAAGCUUGAUUUUAUUCGUGGUUUUACUGAUGAGCUGAAAAAUUUAAAGAGUAGUUACAUCACUUAUACAAUCACAUUUUAUGAUCUGCUUACAAAGAGCGUCCAAGAGUUGGCUGUCUACAGAAAAAACCCAGCGAUACAAAAAGCUAUUGAAUCUGAUCUUUUAAAAAAUUAUCCUUUUUACGGAGGCUUAAUCAAACUCAAUGAUUCAGUGAUUUAA